AGUUGAGUGCUUUUCGCAAAGUGUGGCACCAGCUCACAAUAGAAAAUGGUAUUUUGUACCGGUAUCGACCACAAGCCCCAACUCAAGAAGGUGAUGACAGUCCACGAAUGGUGGUCCCAAGAUGCUUGAUUCACAAGGUGUUACAUAGUCUGCACGACCAAAGUGGACACUUUGGCGUCGACAAGACAAUAGACAAGGUCUCGGAGAUUUUGCUGGUGGCCAGGAUACACUAAGGACAUCUGGACCUAUAUUCACACGUGUCAACAGUGUGCCAGGAAGAAGCAGCCCAAGAAUCGAAUUCAAGCUGACUUGCAAUCGAUUCCUAUUGGAGGUCCAAUGGAAAUGUUGGCCAUAGAUUUUUUGGACCACUACCAACAAGUAACAAGGGGAAUAAAUACAUCCUAGUAAUGGCCGAUUACUACAACAAAUGGGUGCAGGCAUUCCCGCUUCCCGACCAACGAGCAGAAUCAGUGGCGAUGGUUCUCGUCCAAGAAGUUAUUUGUCGUUAUGGAGUGCCCGCAAUCAUCCACAGUGACAGAGGAGCAAAAUUUGAAGGAAGUGUGAUGCAGGAAGCCUGCAAGCUAUUAGGGAUGAAGAAGACUAGAACCACCUCUUAUCAUCCUCAAUGUGAUGGACUAGUGGAGCGGAUGAACAAGACGCUCAUUGUGGCAUUGGCAAAGUACGUUGAAGGGAACCAGACCGAGUGGGACGAGUAGCUACCUUUACUACUCAUGGGAUACAGAACCUCGAAACUUGCAUCCACUGGAGAAAGUCCACACGAGUUACUGUUUGGAAGGAGAGCACGACUUCCAAUUGAUGUAGAGCUUGAUAAAGGAUUACCAGAGGAGCAAUCUACAACACAAUUUGGCAAAGAUCUCAAAGCUAAAUUACAAAUACCACGAGAAAUAGUCAAUGAAAAAACAACAAGGGCACAGCACAGGCAAGCAAAUGUUUUUAACCAAAGGAAUAAAGAAACAAAAAAGUUUAGAGAAGGAGACUAUGUGUGGCUGUACAGUCCAGCGGUUAAGAGAGGUCUAUCACCAAAGUUGUCAAAACCCUAUACUGGUCCGUUCAAGAUCCUGAAGCUCCACAGUGACAACAAUGUCUCUAUUGUUCACACACAAGGAGGUCGACAGCAACGAGUCCACCUGAACAGAUUAAGACACCACUACCGACGACCCAUGGACUUGCAGGAUCCAGAGAUGAUGUCAACUCAACAACAGAACAAGCAGACAACAAAACGACCUUUUCCAUUGCCUGAUCGUAAUGACUAUGAGCGUACGAUGGGAGAACUGUGAAUCCGUCACGAGAUUGUUGAGCUGUCCGACGCGAGAACAACAAAGGUUGACAAUGAAGUCGCGCAGCCGGAGCAAGAGCUACAGAUGGCACAUCCGGUUCGUCCUCUUCGAAAUCGGCGACCACCCGGCUGGAGAAACAAGAAGAAUAUGAGUUAGACUUACCGUAGUGUUGUGUUGAUUACUGUUACCUUGACUUUGACUCACAAGGAAGUCUUUUAGAAUAAAGAGAGAGGAAUGUAGCAACUGUGUAGCUCACUAGUUACUUAGCGUACGUUAGUUGACGUCACUAGGUAGCGCCUAUAUAACUUGUAAAUUUGCUAGACUAGCGUAGUAUUGAUUGUGUAUCGUGUAGUACAUGUAUUGUGUAGUACGGUGUAUCGCCUACUUAUAUAGAGCUUAGUUCA